GGGGUCUUCAGACAAGAUGGGUUCUCUCAGAUCAGGAUGUGGGUUUAUGAUACUGGUCUGGAGUUGUGUGUUACAGUGUGAUACGCAGCAUCUAUGGGACAGUUCCUCACAUCUCCACUGUAAUAUUGGUAACAUGGAGCUGUCCUUUCCUUUGUCAGUGAAAGGUGUUGCUUUUUCCAUAUCUGUGCUUGACUUCCAAGGCGAGCCUCACAGCCUCGACAAUAACUCUGCGUGUGGCUUCUGGGUAGGACAGAGACUUGGUGACUCUGGGGUCAUUAGUGCUGCUUAUGAUGGGUGCUAUGUAACAGAAGAGGAUGGAGACUACGUGAUGACUCUGCUUCUGGAAGAGAUCGUAAACAAAACUAUGAAACAAUACAAAGUGGAAAAGAAGUGUCCGGUUAUGCCUGUAGCCAUGGAUGCUCCCAGCCCAAGUGUAUGUUUUGCUGUUGUGCAAGCAGACCGGCUAUCCUGUGCAAAUGGGCCUGUAUCAGGAGACCUCUGCGAGGAAGUGGGAUGCUGUUAUUCCGCAACUGAUUCUACAAUGCCCUGUUACUAUGGUAACAAAUUGACUACACAGUGCACAAGUGACAACUACAUGGUGGUUGCGGUGUCUAAAGAUCUGACUGUCCCAUCACUAAUCCUGGACUCUGUCAGUGUGGUUGGCUUGGACUCUUCUUGCCAAGGGCUGCUGGUUACUAAGAGUAACUCCUUUGUGGUAUUCCGGUUCCCCUUAUCUUGUGGAGGUGGAAGUCAGGGGGCAGAUGGUGCAAUGGUCUAUGAGAAUACUAUUGAAGCUGUAAGGAGCACCGUCUCAUGGAAUGGUUACUCCAUAACACGAGACAGUACUAUGAGGGUGACUGUUCGCUGCAGCUUUUCCCAAUCUGGUGUUGUACCUAUACAGGUUCAUGUAUCAACACUGCCGCCACCACUUCCUGUUACAACAUCUGGACCACUAUCUCUGGAAAUGACAAUAGCCCAAGAUAUGGAUUAUACGUCGUAUUAUUCUGAAGGGGACUACCCUGUGGUUAGAGUGCUUAGAGAUCCAGUCUACUUGGAGGUCCACCUUCUGCACAGAACUGACCCAAGCCUCCAACUGAUCUUAAAUGACUGUUGGGCCACCAACUCUGUGGAUUCCACUCGCAGCCCCCAGUGGCCCAUCUUGUUGAAUAGUUGUCCUUUCAAUGGUGACAACUACGUUACUCAGCUGGUUCCUGUUCAAGGCCCUACAGCAAGUGUUCUCUUCCCAACGCACUACAAACGCUUUAUCAUCAGCACCUUCACAUUUGUAGACUCGACCACCAAAAUUCCUCUCAAUGGACUGGUCUACUUUCACUGUAGUGUUUCCAUUUGUGUCCCAUCUGCCACAGAGAACUGCAUGGUUUCCUGUAAUCCAAGGAAACGGAGAAUGCAUAAACGUCAUGAUCUGGAACCUCUAAAGAACAUGGUGACUUCAAAUGGACCAAUCAAAUUUAUUCCUAUUGACAAAGGUCUUAAACUGGAAGGCCAUCUUCAGUCUGAAUAUUCUACAAUGGACCUUGUCGGAGCAGUAGCUGCAGCUGGUGCAGUGGCAUGUGUGACUGGAAUUAUUUUGGCUGUAUGGUUUCACCAUAAGAAUCUAGCUGCAAAAAGCACAAUGUGAGCUGUUGAAUAAACUGUCUUUUUAAAGCGCUAA